GGCGCAGAGCGGUGCAGGGCCGCUACGGCCGCUCCCUGGCUGGCAGUACUCGCUAAGAUGGCGGAUUUCCUGCCGUCGCGGUCCCCGCUGUCGGGCUGCUUCCCCGGCUGUAUGCUGAACAGCAGCGAGGCCGAGCAGCAGCGGAAGUCUAAAGAGAUCGAUAAGUGCCUGUACCGCGAGAAAACCUACGUCAAGCGGCUCGUCAAGAUCCUUCUGCUGGGCGCGGGGGAAAGCGGCAAGAGUACGUUCCUCAAGCAGAUGCGCAUCAUUCACGGGCAGGACUGGGACCGGCCAGCCCGGGAGGAAUUCCGCGCCACCAUCUACAGCAACGUCAUCAGGGGUGUUAGAGUCCUUGUGGAUGCUCGUGAGAAACUUCAUAUUCCAUGGGGAAAUCCUGCUAAUCAAAAGAACGGUGACAAGAUGAUGGCCUUUGAUACCCGUUUAGAAGUGGUGAAAGGGAUGGUGCAAACCCAGACUUUUUUACAGUACCUUCCAACAGUAAGAGCUUUGUGGGCAGAUAGUGGUAUCCAGCAUGCUUAUGACAGACGCAGAGAAUUUCAGCUGGGGGAAUCUAUAAAAUACUUUCUGGACAACUUGGAUAAACUUGGAGACCCAGAUUACCUUCCCUCCCAGCAAGAUAUUCUGCUAGCACGAAGACCUACAAAAGGGAUACAUGAGUACGAUUUUGAGAUUAAAAAUGUUCCCUUCAAGAUGGUUGAUGUAGGUGGCCAGAGGUCAGAAAGAAAACGUUGGUUUGAGUGCUUUGAUAGUGUCACUUCAAUACUAUUCCUGGUUUCAUCAAGUGAGUUUGAUCAGGUACUUAUGGAAGACCGGCUAACAAAUCGCCUUACAGAAUCUUUGAACAUUUUUGAAACUAUAGUCAACAAUCGGGUUUUCAGCAAUGUGUCUAUUAUUCUCUUCCUAAACAAGACAGACUUGCUUGAGGAAAAAGUGCAAAAAGUGAGCAUCAAAGACUAUUUCCCAGAGUUUGAAGGGGAUCCCCACAACUUAACAGAUGUCCAAAAAUUCCUGGUGGAUUGUUUUCGUACCAAACGCCGGGACCAGCAACAGAAGCCCUUAUACCACCAUUUCACCACUGCUAUUAAUACAGAAAAUAUUCGUCUGGUAUUCCGUGAUGUCAAAGAUACCAUCCUUCAUGACAACCUCAAGCAGCUCAUGCUACAGUGAUGUUGAAAAGACUGAUUUGUGUUAAUAGUUUACAGCAGGAGUUUGAAAAGUAAACCUGGUCUUGUUAGACUUCACGAUGUGUGGGUAAAAGCUGCUGCUGUUCUUCUUAUUGCCAAUUUCUAUUAAAAUCAAAAUCCAGGCUUUAACCUCUUCCUCUUCAUUAUCUUGAAUCAGUUUUAACUUUUAAUAGACUUCAACUUUUUUUAAAGCUAACUCCAGGUUUUAAAUUAUUCUGUCUUUUUUCAGCUAAGAAGCCUGAACUAUUAACUUGUAGAUAUGUGCUCGAAAGAAAUUAUUUGGAAUCAUGCAAAGUUCUCUGAAGUGGUUGGAAUUUGAGAGAACUAUUGAAGAGUUUCCUUAGCUUAGGCAACUACCACCAAUUGUUGUAUAUGGUAAAUGGCUUUGCUCUGUCAAAUAAUUAACCUAUAUUUCAAGUUUACAAAUGCACUUCUGCUUCCAUGCCAAUAGAGAGUGCUUUCAGAUGGUACCAGAAAAGAAAAUAUUUUCUACUGAGUGUUUCAGUCAAAAUGAAUCACGCAUAGGAAUUAUUGGUCUUGAUUGGUUUUUGCUAGAUCAUGUAGUUUGACAAAAACCCAUGAUUUUACAGUUUGGGCCUCAGCUAACUUAAAUCAAAUAGCUGCUUCCUGCAGCUUUGAAAGUCCCUCUUAGUUGCCAUGAAUAAACCAUUGUCUGAGAACACUCUUUUUCAGUUAGUACAGAUAUUGUGAUUUGGAUAAAGGAGGAAGCCAAGCACAAGAUUUGUUUUUCCCAAACAGCAAUUCUGUUUAUAGAUGUCAAAUGUAACUUAUUAAAGAAUGCUAGCACACUGAGUACGUACAGCUGCAGUUGAAACAGUAGUGACCAUUAUAUUGGCCAAAAAAACUAAAACUGAAUUAAAGCAUAAAGCAGCUGAAUUAUAUCAGACAAAUGACACAUUUAAAAAAAAAGUGAAAUUAAAAAAUGAUUCUACCUUCUGGCUCAGUUGCACAUUUUGAAGACCUGGCUUUGCAAUGAAAUACUCAGUAAAAAUAAUAGUUUUGUUAGCUGAGAAUGUUGCUGACACUUUGGUAUUGGUUAAAAGCCUGUAUCACCUGUAAUUCUGAACAUCUUUAACUAUACAUUUUAUUCUAGGUUUUACCAUAUUAAGCUUUAAAGAGGGCAUUUACAAAAGGGAUUGACACUUGUGUUCUAAUGUUUUAAUGCAGUAAAAUUACUUGGAUGGUUAAGAAGAACAACGAUUAGCAGAUUAUUUCCCUUUUUUGUUUCAUUUGUUACACAGGCCAAAUUUAGUCAUUGCUAUUGCUCUAAAAAAAACCCCAACAACCAUUCUGUAAUCUUUGUAGAAGGAAGUCAAUUAACAAAGCUUCUGUAUUUUUGAAAAACAAUUCGGUUUUGCCGUUCAUUAGACUAAGGUAAUGUAAGUGUGUGUGUGUUUGUGCCAAUUAAAUGCUUUAACAGAAAUUGGCCUAGUCCAGUAACAGUAAAUGGUUAAUUGAUGCAGAACCUUAUAAUCUAAAGUGCCUCUUGUUUUUUUUUAACUUAUAGUGGCCUUACAGUGAAUACCAGUUUACCUGAUUGGGGGAAAAGGGCUUCAAAAUCAUAACAGACAAUGUAGUGCAAAUAAAUGAUCACUGCAUUUUUGCUAUGAAGUACAAAACCAACAUAAUUAGAACUUUCAGGAUUCUAAGGUGAAACAAAAUACAUGUGGGGUGGAGGGGAAUGCCAUUAUUUCCAUACUGGUGUUAUUUUAGAAUUCUACCAACACUGUUAUAAUGAGGGAACUGAAUGUUUUUUGCAAGAUGUUUUAAACAUAGACAGUACUUGUUUUAAUCACUUCUAUCUAGCAGUUAAAACCAACAGAAGUUGAUAUAUAAAAUUAACAAUGUAUAUGCAGAAAUGAAAUAUCAGUUUUACAAUACUGCUAACAGAGUACUGUUUAAAUGCAUUUUGCUUUAUACUACAGAAAGAUGACUUUUAGAGGACAGUGAGGAAAUUUGUUAAGGUAAUGCUUUAUUCUGGAAAUAAAAUUAAUCAUGCAACACAUUAACUUAAGUGAUCAUUAUAAAUCUCACUCAAUAUAUUCCAUGCACAUGGGCUCAAAUGUAUUCUAAGUAGCUGUAAGAGGCUGCAAUUUCAAUGACAAAAUAGGAGAUUUCUGGUAGUUUUACACAGAACUGUUUCUCUCUCCUAUUCUCCCAUCACACAUAUGUACAGAAUUUGGGAGUGGCAGAAUUGGUAGGAAAAGUAAUCUGGAGAGAGAGAACGUUAAAGAGUUCUUUCCCCAGGCAUUCUUCCCCUCAAUCUACCAUGGACUUGAUUUUUAAAAAAAAAUUAUGGGAAGGAUGAACUGUGUUGUGCCUAUUUUGGAUAAGUAUAAAAUGUUGUACCAAAGCCUUUGGAGAAAGGGAUUCUGAGUUGCAGUUGCAAUGGUUAUAUCACCAGCUCAUAAAGCCUGGGGAUCCUCUAAUUCAAUGCUGGAUUUUUUCUUUUUCCUCUUGUCCUGUUACUGUAAUGAGUUCAUGGGCUCUGAAUAUUGUUGGGUACAGACUUUAAUGCCCCCUUUGGGGUGUCUGGUACUUUUUGUAUCAUUCUUAAUGUAUUCUGUAGUCUGAAAUAAAUCAAAAAAGGAGUUAAAAAUAAUUCUUGCUAACAGGAGUGGCUUAGUUUUCCCAGAUACAAUUCUAGGUUGCCAGAGGCAUUCAUAGAAACACUUUUUACAAAUGUUUUUAAAAAUUUAUUUUAUUUGGUGUGAUAGUUUUUCAAAUUCAUGAGGACUUUUUAAAAAGUAUCUAAUUUUCUUUUGACUAAAGUGGUAUAAACUGAUUUUUUUAUUUUAGAUUUUCACAAAAUUCAAUAUUUUAAAAUCUAAAGUUAAAAGGAGAGGUAUUUAAGUGCUUGCAUGCUUAAUUUCCUUAAACUUUAACCAGGCCAUUUUAAAAAUAACCACAUAUUUAGCCUCGUGCCUUAUUUUGAGGAAACUCAAUAUAGAUAACCAUUCCUCAAGGCUUGAGAAAUCCUGUAUUUUCUCACUGUGAAAUAGGUGAAAAUACAAAAUGGAACAGUGCUCUUGCCUCAUUCCCAACUUCCUGUAAAGAUAACACCAAAGAGUAGUUUGAAUAUAGCCUUUGAGAAAAGAAAGGAGUUGGAAGGAUGGUCCUGAUGCUCUGAGACUAUAGUCUGGCAGAUGCUUUUCUCUCAAGUCAAAUUUGAUUCAGUUUUGGAUUGAACAGAACUGGACACUGUGUUUCUCCAGAUGUUGCUGAACUGCAACUGCAAUUAUCCUUCCUAACUGGCUACAUUAGCUUGCAUUGCUAAAAACUAAAAUUCAACAUCAGACAACCAUAUAUUGCCUGGUCCUACUUUAAAGGCUAAAUUUAAAUCAAGGUAACAAAUUUCUUAUUAAGCUGUUGGUUAGAUUUUGUGUGUGCUAUGGUCAUUUGUUCAAAAAGCAGUUGUUUAAGAACUACUGAUUGAUGGUACCACAACACAUACAGUAUUUUAAAAUCAGGUUUAAAAGGAUUAUGCAGCAUUGUAAUAGUGUCCUUUGCAGUUUUCUUUAUCUUAUACUUGAAAGCAGAUCAUUGCCAAUUAUUUAAAACUGCUUUCACAUUCUUCAACAGCAGCAACAGGUUAUGUUCUAUAAAGUUGUCUGUAAAACAUAUUUUGUAAUGGCCCUACAGAAUCUUCAAUGAAACCAUGAUAUGUAUUACUUUUGUAUAAAUGAGGGAUAUGUUUUGAGGCUAUGCAGUUUUGAAAUAUGUGUAUCUUUUGUAACUUUCUAGGGAAGAAGAGAAUCUACUACUUUGUAAAUUCACCCCACCCCUUUUUGUCCAUGGUUGGCAAUAAAUUAUUUUUAAAGAAGGUCUUCAAAUGUAUCAUUUAAAAUGGUUUGAUUACUAAAAGAUGAAAGCUUCAUUUAGUUGUACAUUACUCUCUACAUAAUUUGCAAGUGUUCAAGCCAUUAAUAUUGCCUUGUGUAAAGUAAAUUACUGACAGUAAAUAAACAAUAUACACCCUCGUGAA